UGGUAAAGUUAAUUUACCACCUUUGUUAAAACCACCAUCAUAUUUGUUAAAUCUAUAUACUUCAUCAGAUUCUAUUGCAACUUCAUUUCACAAAAAUAUAAGAGGAUAUAAUAUCCUUUUGGCAUGCAUAUCAUUUGAAGCUAAUAUAAAUAAGGAAUUUCAAAAACAAGGAAUAUCUAACUUUCGAAUUCAUGGACAAGUUUAUCAUUGCAUUGGAUCAUUAUUGCCAGAAAAUAAUCAUUCCCCAACAUUUGCUCAAUUAUAUAUUUAUGCUACUGAACAUGAAAAUGAAAAUCAAAAAAAUAUUAUGCAAGAUUUAAAUCAUGAUAUUUUAUUAUAUUUACAAAAUAUGCUAGAUGAAUGCAAUCCAUAUAUUCAAAGUUUUUGUCAAGUAAGAAAUAUUAUUCUAUCAAAUAUAACUUCUGAAAUUUCAAUGAUAAUUCAUAGUGAUAGAACACAUAAUCUACAUCAUUAUAAUGCUUCUGCUUCUUCUGAAUUAGCUGCAAUUAUGAUUGGUGAUGGUCAUAAUAUAGAAUUAACCAAUCAAGAUAUUGUUCUUAGAUUACAUGAUAAAGGUUUACAAAGAAUAUCUGAAACUUAUCUAUCAUAUGAUCCAUUACAUUAUAUACUUUUAUUUCCAAAAGGAGAUGAUG